AUAUUAGCUCAAAACUUUCAGAAUGUCGCAUAACUAUGAUGAAUCCGGUAUCUCAAUCUGAUAUUAAGAGAAGCUUUAUUUCUGCUGAUGAUGAGAUCAAAACAACACAAAUUUCUUUGUCGAAUUACCAAAAAUCAAUAUAUACUAGCAAAUUAAUAAACACCAAAGAGAUUAAAUUAGCGUAUGAAACAGCUAAAUUCAGAG